AUGACUGAUGAACGAGAAGCUUUGAAGAAGUAUUUAUCUCAAGAAUUUGAAAUGAAGGAUCUUGGUGAUUUAAAAUAUUUUCUGGGAAUUGAGGUUUCUAGAUCACAUGGUGGAAUCUUCUUAUCUCAAAGGAAAUAUGCAUUAGAUUUAUUGAGUGACACAGAUACACCCAUGGAAGAAGUAUUGAAGUUGGAGAUUGAAGUUGAUCAAGUGCCUGCUAAUAAAGGGCGUUACUAG